CAUCUUGUGAUUUCUGUUUUCUUUUUUAAGCUGCACAGUGAUUACAUCUUUGAGGAUCUUGGUAACAUUUUCCAGCGCCUCUCAGGUUCCUUUCUUUUUCUUUCUUUUUCUUUUUUUUUUGUUUCCAUCCAGCAGCAUACUUUCCUCUGCCUAUUUUUCCCCCCCUGUUUCAGUGUGACGUGUGAGGAAAAGCUCCUGCCCUUGUUUCUUGCAGUGAAGUUUACAGAGUGCCAGGAGAAAGACCUGUGGAAGUGGUGCACGUUGACUCUGACCUGUUGUGGAGCAAGAUGGAUUUGAAGGUGUGAACGAGAGCAUUUCUGGCUUUUCUCCUGUACAGGAGACGAGGAGGGGAGGACAAACAGGGAGAGGCUGAAAGAAAGUCACUGUCGCCCAUGGACAAAGGUGAAUGAGAAGGUCCAGUUGAGAAGUCUGUUUGACAGAAGAGGAGGAGGAGCACCAGCCUGAGGGGAAACCACCACAAACUCUCCUAACAAGUCAGGAUGAGGUACCAAGGCAGGGAAGUGGAUGUUGAAGGACGGGUGCGUUUGGUGAUGGAAAGYGCUCUAACGGCCCGCGACAGGGUCGGCGUGCAGGACUUUGUCCUGCUGGAGAACUACAACAGUGAAGCGGCUUUCAUCGAGAACCUGAGGAGACGCUUCAGAGAAAACCUCAUCUAUACGUACAUCGGCUCRGUGUUGGUGUCAGUGAACCCUUACAAAGAGCUGGAGAUUUACUCCAAGCAGCAGAUGGACCGUUACAGAGGGGUCAGCUUUUAYGAAAUAUCGCCUCACAUCUAUGCCAUCUCAGACAACACAUACCGGGCCAUGAAGACAGAGAGGAAGGAUCAGUGUCUUCUUAUAUCYGGUGAGAGUGGAGCAGGUAAAACCGAGGCCUCCAAGAAGAUUCUCCUGUACUAYGCUGUCACCUGCCCCACUAACGACCGCAUGAAGACCCUCGGUGAUCGCCUCCUGCAGUCCAACCCAGUCCUGGAGGCGUUCGGUAACGCCAAAACACUGAGGAACGACAACUCCAGUCGCUUUGGRAAAUACAUGGAUAUCCAGUUUGACUUUAAGGGAGCACCAAUAGGCGGUCACAUCCUGAACUACCUGCUGGAGAAAUCUCGAGUCGUGCACCAGAACCACGGCGAAAGAAACUUCCACGUCUUCUAUCAGCUCCUGGAUGGAGGCGACGACGACCUGCUCAGCAACCUGAACCUGGAGAGAAACCCUCAGAGUUAUCGCUACCUGGUCAAGGGAAACUGCCCCAGAGUCAGCUCUAUAAGCGACAAGAAUAAUUGGAAAGUUGUGACGAAAGCACUGAGUGUGAUCGGCUUCACCACAGAAGAAGUUCAGAYGCUGCUGAACAUCAUCGCCAGCGUUCUCCAUCUGGGUAACACGCUCUUCGGGGAAGGGGAGGAGGGAGAAACUUACAUCACCACUGAGACUGAGCUAUCAUGUCUCGCGAAGCUGCUGAGUGUGGACRGCUCAGCCCUGAAGGAGGCACUCACUCAUAAGAAACUGACAGCCAAAGGAGAGGAGAUGAUCAGCCCGCUAAGUUUUGAGCAGGCAGUGUCUGCUCGGGAUGCUCUAGCCAAGGCCGUGUAUGGUCGGACCUUCAACUGGUUGGUGGAGAAGAUCAACCAGUCGCUGGCUGUGAAGGAUGAAAUCUAUCACACCAGCAAAGGCUCUUCAGUUAUCGGGCUUCUAGAUAUCUAUGGCUUUGAGGUCCUGCAGCACAACAGUUUUGAGCAGUUCUGCAUCAACUACUGCAACGAGAAACUGCAGCAGCUGUUCAUCGAGCUCACGCUCAGAUCUGAGCAGGAGGAGUACGAGACCGAGGGGAUUGCAUGGGAGCCAGUGCAGUACUUUGACAACAAGAUCAUCUGUGACCUGAUAGAGGAGAAACACAAAGGCAUCAUCUCCAUUCUGAACGAGGAGUGUCUGAGACCUGGAGAAACUUGCGAYGCCUCAUUUUUAGAGAAGUUAGAGGACACGGUGGGCGGUCAUCCCCACUUUAUUACGCACAAGUUGGCAAAUGGAAAAACGCGCAGGGUAAUGAGCAGGGAGGAGUUCAGGCUGCUGCACUAUGCAGGAGAGGUCAACUAUAAUGUUAACGGUUUCCUGGACAAGAAUAAYGAUUUGUUGAACAGGAACCUGAAGGAGGUUAUGUGCCAGUCAGACAACCAGAUCCUGAGCUACUGCUUCCGCAAAGAGGAAGUGAUCGACCAGAAACGUCCAGAGAUGGCUGCGUCUCAGUUCAAAAACAGCCUGAUGAAACUCAUGGAGAUCCUCAUGUCCAAAGAGCCGUCCUAYGUGCGCUGUAUCAAACCCAACGACGCCAAGCAGCCAGGACGGUUUGAUGAGGUUCUGGUGCGACACCAGGUGAAGUAUUUGGGUCUGAUGGAGAACCUGAGGGUCAGGAGAGCCGGCUUUGCUUACCGUCGUCGCUUUGAGGCCUUCCUGCAGAGGUACAAGCCUCUGUGUCCGGAGACGUGGCCCAGCUGGCCGGGCAAACUGGUGGACGGUGUGUCCACACUGGUCAACCACCUUGGCUACAAACCAGAGGAGUUCAAGCUGGGCAGAUCCAAAAUCUUCAUUCGUUUCCCCAAAACUCUGUUCAUGACUGAGGAUGCCCUUGAGGCAAAAAAGCCAGAGAUCGCGGUGAUCCUGCAGAAGUCCUGGCGAGGCUACAGAGAGUGGGCCAAGUAUCAACGCAUCAGACAUGCAGUGAUCGUGAUCCAGUCAGGGUGGCGAGGGAUGAAAGCUCGCAGGAGGGCUAAGAGACGUCGACAGGCUGCAGAGCUGAUCCGCAGAUUCAUAAAAGGUUUUAUCUACCGCAAUGAGGAAUACUGCCCUGAGAAUGAGUAUUUCCUGGAUCAUGUACGCCAGUCCUUCCUCAAAAAGCUGAGCAAAAAUCUGCCCCAGAGUGUUUUAGACAAGAGCUGGCCCACGCCCCCUCCCUCUGUCGUUGAGGCCUCGGAGCAUCUGCAGACGCUGCACAUGCGAAACAUGGUCAUCAAGUACUGCAGGAGGGUCCAGCCUGAGUGGAAGAAGCAGAUGAUGCAGAAGGUCGUAGCCAGUGAGCUUUUCAAGGACCAGAAAGAAAUCUAUCCUCACGGUGUGGGGAGGCUCUUUCUGGACUCCAGGCUUGAACGGGAGCAAAUCAGCCUCAAAGUGCUCCAGACUCUUGGCAGUGAAAAGGUGCAGUACGCCGUUGCAGUGGUGAAGUACGACAGGAGGGGCUUUAAGCCUCGCGCUCGUCAGCUGCUYCUCCUGAACACCUUCGCUGUGCUGGUGGACAGGACCAAGAUCAAACAGAGGAUCGACUACAGCACACUGAGAGGCAUCUCGGUGAGCUCCCACAGCGACGGCAUGGUUGUCCUGCACGUGCCGUGCGAGGACAGCAAGCAGAAGGCCGACGCCGUGCUGCACUGCAGCCACGUGAUCGAGCUGGUGACCAAACUCUCCAUGCUGGCCAGCAAGACCAACUACGUCAAUAUCAGCCCCGGCAGCAUUCGCUUCGCAAUGACCCGAAGCAAAGAAGGAAUAAUUGAUUUCAUCRGGGGACCAGAGCUGAAGGUGGCCAAAGGCAAACGAGGACAUCUGCUAGUGACGGCCCCUCGCAUUAACGCCACAUGAAGAAACAGAAAACAACGUCCAGACAAACACGGAUCCUGACCGGAGGACCGCCACGCAUGAGUUUUCUGCAGCUGACAGGAUUAUACCGACAAAUGCAAAAAUAUACUCAGCAGAAAGAUUAAUUUCUUUUAUAUAUUAAAAAAUUAUUAAUAAUCAAUACUUAUUUAAAAGCAUCACUAAAUUGUAAAAUGAAGUUGUCACUGUUUUCAAA